UCCUGAUAGUGCAAGCAAAGCAAGCGCCAGACACACACACUACCUAUUAUUUCCUCUCCAUCAGUCCAUCUCUCCCUCCCUCACACACAUCUCUUUUCCUUUUCGUUAUUAUUUACACCGAGGGCGAGCGAGCACUAGAAGAAAACAGCCUAGCCUUGCCUUGCCAUCUGCCCAAGCUCCCUUCGCUUCUCCCUUCUCUCUCUCUCUCUCUCUCUCUCUCUCUCUCGCUCCUCUGGCUAAGCACAGCACAGCGCAGCACAGACAGAUCCUCCGUCUCCAUACUUUACACUAUUAUUUUCCUUGUAUUGCCGCUCUGUGCCGUGGGUGUGCCUGCCUUUAGGAAAGGCCCUAGACCCUAGACGCCCUAGUGCAAUGGUGGAAGCUGCAAAGGCUGGAGAGGCCUUGCUCCUUCCUUCCUUGUCCUCUUGAUUAGCCCUUGACAAACACCGAGCUGCAGAGAAGGCGAACAGAAGCAGCAGCGUCAGCGAGAGGCAUCCUUCCGGACAGGGAGGAGAGGAUGGAUCUUUCUGUGCCCCGAGGCGAGUUCCCGAUCCCAAUGCACGCCGCCGCCUCGCCCUACGGGGGCAUCGGCGGCGGGGGCGUCGCCGUCGCCGACCAUGCCAUGGAGCUCCACCAUGACCACGCCAACCACAACGGCCAGUCCCAGUCCCAGGCGCAGGACAUGCCGUCGCCUCCCGCUGCUGUGUCUGAGGACAGCUCCGGGAAGAAGCGCGCGGCGGCCAUUGCCGGCGGAGCGGGAGGGCCGGCGGUCAAGUACCGGGAGUGCCUCAAGAACCACGCGGCGGCCAUCGGCGGCAACGCCACCGACGGGUGCGGCGAGUUCAUGCCCAGCGGCGAGGAGGGCUCGCUGGAGGCGCUCAAGUGCUCCGCCUGCGGCUGCCACCGCAAUUUCCACCGCAAGGAGCUCGACGACUUCGACGGCGACAGCUGCGCCUCGCACGGCUACGGCUACGGCCACCACGCCGUCCGCCGCCUGCUCGGCCCCGCCGUGCCGCACCACCACAAGAGCAGCGGGGGCCUCCUCGUCACCGCGGACCACUACGGCGCCUACGCCGCGGCGCGCGCGCUCCCUCCGCCGCCGCCCCCGCCGCUGGGACACCACCACCAGAUCAUCAUGCCGCUCAACAUGAUCCAGACGUCCGAGUCGGACGAGAUGGACGGCAGCGGCGGCGGCGGUAUCAUGGGCGACGGCAGAGGCGAGCUAGCCUCAGGCGGCGGCGGCGGCUCCUCCUCGUCCAAGAAGCGCUUCCGCACCAAGUUCACCGCCGAGCAGAAGGGGCGCAUGCUGGAGUUCGCGGAGAACGUGGGGUGGCGUCUCCAGAAGCUGGACGACGCCAUGGUGCAGCACUUCUGCCAGGAGAUCGGCGUCAAGCGCCGGGUCCUCAAGGUCUGGAUGCACAACAACAAGCACAACCUCGCCAGCAGGCCGCUCCCUACCUCGCCUGCGCAGCCGCAGUCACAGUCGAUGCCGCUGGCGAUGUCAAUGCCGAUGCCGAUGCAAGUGCCGCCGUCGCAGCCCGGGCCUUCGGGCCACCGCGGCCCCAGCUCCCCGCAUGCGCAGGGGGAGCUCAAGCUCGACUGACGGCACAAAGAAGCCCUGGUGUCUGUCAACGGCGCCAUGGUGGCUGAUUCUGCUAGCGUUAGUAAGCCGCAUUGCCAUUAAUUUCACUGUUCCAUCGGAGCGAUCGAUCGAAGCAGAGAGAAGAGAAGAGAACCAAAAAACAAACCCGAGUCUAUCACCAUCUCCAUUUUUUUCCUUUCUCUGUUUAUCUUGUCAUAAGGUUGGGGAGCAAGCAUGAGAGGGGGGACAUAGGCGAACCGGACUGAGCUCCACUCAAUUUCAAUUUAUUUUUCCUGGACCUAGUUUUUUUCUUCUUCGUCUCCUUGGUUGGUGUCUCUGACUUGAAGUCUAGCAGUACCUGUUGAGCUGAGCAUUUGAGUUGUCAUGGAUCAGAGGUUGUAUGAAAUGAAUUCUGACUUGUUUA